GCGGUCCUGGAUGACGGUGGCCUCAGCGGAGGUGCCAUUGCUGGCAUUGUGAUCGGCGUCCUUCUGGCUGUCGUUCUUUUGGUUCUUCUCUUCCUCUUCCUCAAAAGACGAGGCAAUGAGAACGUGAUGGUUGAGGACUUCGAGUGGUCGGAGAGCGCUGGAAGCUUCUUCAACGAUGACAUUGAGGCGAGUACCGUUGGAAGUGAUGUUGAACCGGCAAACGAGGAAGCACCGUAA